UCUGCAAAUUAUAAAGAAUCAUCAAGAAAUACAACAAGCAAAAACAAUGGGAAAACACACUGUAGGUUAUAAUGAGGAACCAUGUUUUUAUCUCAAUGUGAUAUUUGUGCUCUUUUAAAUAAUUAAUGCAUAAAAACAACUUUUAAUGGAACAAUAAAGCCCCAUUAUGGUCGCUCAUUCUCCAGAUUGUUUCCUGCUGCAGUCGACCAUGCUGUCUGCCUUAACCCUGACCUCCCUGAUCCUCGUGGCGUGGGCAUCAGACCUCUGCCCCCCGGCCUGUCAGGGGAAAGGCCUGGACCUGCUCCCUGAGCUGCCAGAGGGCACCGAGGAGCUCUACGUCUCUUACAACCAGAUACAGGAAAUACCCGAGCGUGGGCUGGACAAUCUGCAGAUCUUGGACCUGACUUCGAAUCAGCUGAACGACUUCCUGUCCCUCAACCCAGUUUGGCCCAAUAUGACAAAGCUAUCCAAGCUUUUCCUACGUGCCAACAGGCUGACAUCCCUUCACUCUGGUCAGUUCCUGAAGUGCACUGGUCUCACCUUACUGGACCUGAGUGAAAACCAGCUCCAAUAUCUACCAAUCGGACUCCUCCGAGGACUAGCUCAUCUGAAGACACUGUUUCUGAACUUUAACCAGAUUCAGAUGUUACAGGCUGGUGGAUUGGAAGGGGCCUUUGUCCUAACUGACCUCCACCUCAGCUAUAAUAAUGUAGUACAGAUAGAAGAAGGUGUUUUCAACAACUCCACUGCUUUAGUGAAACUUGUCCUGUCUCACAACAGCAUCAGACGAGUCGGCGGGGACAGUUUCAGAGGAGCAACAAGUCUCCAACACCUUGACCUGAGCAGUAAUCUGCUGAUCGCUGUUCCUGCCGAGGCACUGGGUCACACAAAGCAGAUAGAAAAUCUCUAUCUACAAAGGAACGGCAUCAUCGGCCUUCCAGAUGAUUGCUUCUCUUCACUGAACCUGCUGGUUGAUCUCAAGCUGAGUAACAACAGGCUGACCACGGUGUCUGAGGGAUCUCUGAAAGGUCUGACCACGCUGCGAGAGCUGGACCUCAGUGUCAACCUCAUCGACUCUCUUCCCUCGAAACUGUUACAUGACCUGAUCAACCUUGAAUCCCUUGACUUGUACGUGAACAGCCUGACAUUGCUUCCUUCGGACAUAUUUAGAAACUUGACCAACCUGCAACAGCUACAUCUGGACAGCAAUGAAAUCUCUGUUCUUCCUGACGGGGUAUUUGAUUCGCUGUCCUCACUCAGUGAGCUACAGCUGUCGUACAACCGUAUCGUGAAUCUCCACCCGGAUGUGUUUGCCAAGCUCAGGUCACUAGAGAGUCUCUACCUGGAGCACAACGAGCUGAGGCAACUUCCCAAAGGACUUUUCCAAUGGAUGAGUGACAUCAGCGAGAUCGACCUCAGCGACAACCACCUCAGCUCUCUGCCUCCCUCCGUCUUCCUCGGGUUGGAGAGAGUGUCUUCACUGAGGCUUUCUCAAAACAAUCUCUCUUCUUUACACUCAGACCAGUUCAGAGACCUCAUCGGUUUGAAAGAUUUAAUGCUAGAUGGAAACCAUAUUUGUGAACUUCCCGUAGGCCUGUUCACAAAUCUAGCAAACCUUACAACACUACAUCUGGACAACAAUUGUCUCUCAGCGCUGUCUCCUGAUGUGUUUGUGGGGUUAACCUCCCUUAAAGAACUCAGGCUGAACUUCAAUCAGCUCUGCAACAUCCACUUCAACACCUUCCAUGUCCUGCACGACCUCCGCAAGCUCCUGCUGAAGAACAACAGCCUGGAUUCUCUCCAGGCUGGGCUCUUUGUUUGGCUUUCAAAGCUAGAAGAACUCAACUUGGAUGGAAACAAGCUGCAUCACCUGCAGGCUGACGUCUUUCACGGACUCACAAACCUCCAGAAACUGAGUUUGAAGUCCAACCAGCUCAGAGCAGUGGAGAACGGGGCUUUGGAGCCUUUGAGGAAACUCAGUGAUGUGCGUCUGUCUGGUAACUUGUGGGACUGCAGCAGUGCACAGGUUCUCGCCAUCAGCUGCUGGGUCAACACACACAGAGAGAGGCUGAGAGAUCAGCCUCUCUGCCACGUCUCCUCUUCAUCACCAGCCCUCACUGAGGAGGCAGCGCUCUCACACCCAGCAUCGCCUCCCCUGUUGUUAGGAGAUAAUUGUGUUGCAAAUGAUACAAGCAGCUCAAAACCUUUGUUUCCUCUAGAAAUGCUCACUCUGCUAAUGAUGCUCCUCGUAGCAGUCAGACCAAUGUGACUUCCUCCGGGUUUAUCCGCUGCAACCUCGUUUGCUUUCUCUGCUUCUCAUGUCUGCUUGUGGCUUUUGAAGUAUUUCCGUCUGAAUCAUGGUUUUGUCUGAGUCGGUUUCCAGAAACAUACACAGAUAAAUCUGCUGACAGGGGAUUUGUGAAGACGGUUUUAAGACAGUGGAGAAGUUUACAAAUUGAUCUUGUUUGUGCAUUUGAUUUUGACAAUAUACCUGUGUAAAGAAAAGAUAUAUACAUAAAAGACCGAAAAAAUUCAAAAGUUUUUAAGUUCAAAAUUUAUCAAUUUGAGUGACAGUCACAAAGCUGACGAACACACCAGGAAAAGUUAGAGAUGAUUUGUUAUCUGAUUUUGUACUUUCUGAGUCGGCACAUUUCCCUCAAAAUAAAAAGGAUUUAUCAUC